GUUAGCGACGCUUCGGUAUUGUGGCGCAGUCGCUGGAGAAAGGCGGUAAGAGGAAAAAAAAGAAAAACACUGUCAAAAUGUUGAAAGAGUUGGUGAAGGAGCGACUAAUGGCGGCGGCUGAAGACAUUUUCGCGAUGUUUGAAAGAACGAUAGCGUCGUACGAGGAGGAACUUUGUCAAACCAGAGAGGAGAAGGAGCGACAUCGACGACAACUGGAGGCUGUUUACAGCGUUGUGUUGCACGUGAAAGAUGCCAAGCAGCUGAUUGACCAUCAAGAAGAACGUCCCCCUCAACCACAGGGCGGGAGCGCCACUUUGAAGCAGGCAGAUGCCCAGCCCCCCCACGUUAAAGAGGAAGAAGAGGAACGCUGGCUGGAGGAGGCUGAUCCCACCAAGUCGCCACUGACUGUUGUCGCUGUGAAGACUGAAGCCCAUGAAGACAAACCGCCUGAGUCGUCACGUUGGUUGUGUCCUUCAGACGUCCAGCCAUUGAUUGGUCGUCAAGAAGAACGUCCCACUCAGCAGGAGCCACAGUCCCCCCACGUUAAAGAGGAGGAGGAACUCUGGAUCACUCAAGAAGGAGAGCGUCUUCUCGGGUUGGAGGAGGCUGAUCUCACCAAGUUGCCACUGACUGUUGUCUGUCUCAAGACUGAAGACCAUGAGGACAAACCACCUGAGUCCUCAAAGCUUCAUCACAGUCCAAGUGAGGAGAACAGAUGGGCGGAGCUUCCAAGCUGCAGCUCAUCGCAACACAUGUCAACAGAAGCUGAUGGAGACCACCGUGGAGGAUCACGAGCAGACAACCUCUUAGCUCCACUGUCAGAUAGCGACAACGGGGACGACACUCAAGAACCUUUGAGCAGCGAUCCAGACUGGGAAGGUGAAAUGAGGACUCACACUGACCACAAACACUCGGGACACGCUAAAAAGAAGACACAUGAAAUACGUUUUACUUGCUCAGUUUGUGCUAAAGGUUUCUCUUAUAUGUGUGAUUUGACUCGACACAUGCGGACGCACACAGGAGAAAAACCUUACGGUUGUUCAGUUUGUGGCAACACAUUUUCUCAGAGGUCCAUUUUGAAAACGCACAUGAAAAUACACACGGGAGAAAAACCUUUCGGUUGCCCAAUUUGCAGCGCUCGUUUCUUUCGAAAGUCGCACGUGGUGUUGCACAUGCGGACGCACACGGGAGAAAAACCUUUUAGUUGUUUGGUUUGUGGCAGAAGAUUUGCUCAGAGGUACAUUUUAAAAACACACAUGAGAACGCACACGGGAGAAAAACCCUUUAGUUGCUCACUCUGCGGCGAAAGAUUUGCUCAAAAGGUGCAAAUGGUUGCGCACACGAAAGUACACACAGGAGAAAAAAAACCUUUUAGUUGCUCAAUUUGCGGGGCCGGAUUCUUUCGAAAAGCGCAUGCGGCGUCACACAUGAGAACACACGCAGGAGAAAAAACUUCUUAGUUGCUCAUUUUAUGGCGAACGCUUUUUCUCGUGGGCGCAGGUUGAAAACACUGCAGUCAGGAGAAAAACCUUUUGGUGGCUCAGCAUUUGCUCAAAUGUUAACUUUUUGGCCACACACACACACACACGCACACACACACACGCACGGGAGAAAGACAAUUUUAGCGCUCAAUUUGUGCUAAAAUAUUCACUUGUGCAGAUUUGACAGCACACAUGCGGACACACAAUGGAGAAUUAACAUUUUUGGGCACAAUUUGUGCUAAAAGAUUCAAGAAACAUAAAAGAUACCACAAACAAAGUUGCACAAUCAAAACUCACUCAAUAGUUAGUAGCCUCUAUAAUACCUGUUGAGGCAGAUGGCCGCCCUACUCUGACUUCUUCUUGGGUUUGAGGUGUCAUCCAGUUAGGGUUGGAGGUUGGAAUCUCCCUAACCUAGGGGUCGGCAACCUUUAGCAUGACCGUUUCCACCAAUUUAUAACCCACAGUAAUGCUACAUACAGUAUAUAGCAGGGGUGUCCAAAUGUUUUCCACUGACAGGUCAGCUUUGAGAUAUACUGGAGGUGAAAAAGCCUAUUUUCAGUGUCAGCUUCGCUCUUUGUUCUUUUCACCCCAUUUUUGCUGCAUCCAUUGUAAACAUUUCAGCUUUCUCAUUAAAUAAUCUUUCUAGUUCACAUAAUAUUGUAACUUUUUUCCCCAACCGAAUUUUCCAAAAAUGACAACUUUAUUUUGUUUUGUCUCUCAUAAUAUUAUGACAUUAAAAAAAUCCAAUUUCAAUCCAAUCAUAAUAAAGCAUUUAUUGCCAUAACAUUAUGAAUUUAUUCUCGCAACAUCCAAACUUUUUCCGUCAACAAACUUUCCAAAAGUUACGGCUUUAUGUAUACAUUAUAUUAUUAUAUUAUUUUAUAUAUUUAUUUUGUUUGUUUUUUGCAAUAUUACGACUUAAAAAAACAUAUUUUUUCUACCCUCUCGAGGCAAAUGUUGCAGAUUUGUGACAACUAAAUGCUAAUCCCCUAAUUAAUCCACAUUCAUAUUUUUUGAUCCCUUUUUACUCAAAAGUACUACUGCAGACCUUCGUUGUGCAUGAGCAACAAACAGUUUCCCCAAUAGCUCACUAGAUGGCGGGUUUUCUCACUUUCAACAUGUCUUCUUGGGUUCACAUGAAAGGAUUUUCUAGACAUCCAUUUCAUGUAGGUAUUAUUACCAAUCACCUUUAUUUUGAAACCAAUACUGUAUAAGAUGAAUCAUGACAGUAUAGAGAUACAGUAUAUGCCAAUUUGUAGAUUUUUAUCUCCUCUGGGUUUUCCCCUAGGGGCAGCUCUAUUUCAUUGUUGCAGCUUUGCAACGUUUGGCCGGACUAGUACCAAUGGAUGCCACAUGCUUUGUCUUCUAGUUUACCUAUAUUUUGAGCAACAGUCUAUACUAUGGUUAUUUUCCUAUCACCAGUGUUUACUUAUUGAUUUGAGUUGUCAUUGAGGGUGCAUCCUAUGGAAAAUGAAAUAAUUUGGAGUGAAGUUACACACUAUCAGAGGCAGAUUUGAUCAAACGUAAUGGCAUAAUGUGAUGUUCAUUUGACUGUUCAGUGAGCAAAACUGAUGUAGCCUAAAUUCCAUUGCACAUAUCGUAUUAGUAUAUAUCUUUGUUGGACUGGAAGCUUUUUUAGUCAACUAGCUUACAGCAUACUCUGGUUGCAGGUUUGUGGUGCGUUAUGGCAGGCCGACAGAGAUCAUAUUCACUCAAGGAAGCCAUUGAAAUGGUUUGCCUUCCUGAUGGUGCUUUAUCUGAGACAGAAUCCAUUUCAGACGAUGAAAUUGGUGAUCCAGAUUUUGUUGAACCUGCUGAAGCAUACGAGUCUGACUUCAGCCUUGAUGAUGAUGAGACACUGGGAGCAAUAGCAAUACCUAAUCCAAACACACUUGAUGUUGAAAUUCAUAACGUACAUGCAGACAAUUACAUUGAGGUCCCAGAUGAUGAUGAACCUCAGCCCGGCCCAGCUCCAGUGAACAAAGUUUUUUCUUGGAGGCAGAGGAAACCCCCAGCAGCUGACAUAGACCCUUCAUUCCAAGGACCUGCAUUCUCACCUCCACCAGAUGAAAUACCAAGUCCAAAGUGGUAUUUUGAUCAGUUCAUGGAUGAAUCCGUGUUUGAACUUAUUUCUGACCAAUCAAACCUGUAUGCAGUUAUGAAGAAUGGCCCAGAACUAAAAACAACCCCUUCUGAAAUGGAGCAAUUCAUUGGUUUACACAUAUUGAUGACAGUAGUACGUAUGCCAUCAUACCGCAUGUACUGGCAGACAACAACACGCUACAACCCAAUUGCAACUGUCAUGGGACGUAAGCGAUUUGAUAAUCUGCGAACAUACAUCCAUAUGAACGACAAUACCAAUGUGAAGCAAAAGGGUGAGCCUGGAUAUGAUCCAUUGUUCAAGGUGCGACCAGUACUUGAGAAAGUCCGUGCAAACUGUUUGAAAGUUGAACCGGAAGAAAACAACUCCAUUGAUGAGCAGAUGAUCCCCUUCAAAGGAAAAAUUGGAAUGAAACAAUAUAUUAAGAACAAGCCGAAAAAAUGGGGAAUCAAGGUCUUUACUCGUGCAGGUGUCACUGGACUAGUCUAUGACUUUGAAGUAUACACUGGAAAAGGGACCGUACCCAAUGAGCGUGGACUUGGUGUUGCAGGUGAAGUUGUGCUUCGUCUUGUAUCAGAUGUUCCGAAAGGACUAAACUACAAGUGCUUCUUUGACAACUGGUUCACUUCACCUGAACUCAUUGUGGAACUGAAGAAAAUGGGAAUUCUAUCAGUUGCUACCAUCAAUCGAAACCGUCUACGUGGAUGUACCCUCAAAAGUGACAAGGAACUUUCAAAGGCUGGGCGUGGUGCAUAUGAAGUGAAAUAUGAAAUGACAAGUGGGAUGGCAAUCGUGAAGUGGUAUGAUAACAAGGCAGUGUUACUGGCAUCAUCCUUCAUUGGCCCUGAUCCUGUUGAUAGAUGCAGAAGGUGGUCAAAAGAGAAGAAGGAAUAUGUGGAAGUGGACAGACCCCACAUUGUCAAGGUGUACAAUAACAACAUGGGAGGAGUUGACUUGGCAGACAUGUUUGCUGCACUCUAUCGCAUUGAACUCCGCCCACGUCGUUGGUAUCUGCGCAUCUUGUACUAUUUGAUUGACCUAUCACUGGUCAAUGGUUGGCUCCUCUACCGCCGUCAUCUCACCCAGAAGCAGGAGAAGAAGUAUAUGCCGCUUCUUGACUUCCGCGCUCAAGUUGCAGAUGCCCUCAUCAAGGUUGGCAAACGGGCUAACUUGAACAGUCGGAAAAGAGGACGACCGUCAUCGGAAGAGGCUCCAGAAUGCAGUCAAGCUGCCACAUCUUCACCUCCAGGUCAGAGGAUCAUUGCGCCAUCAGUUGAGGUCAGACUAGACCGAUUCGAUCAUUUUCCCAUCCAUGCUGAUAAACGUGGACGAUGCAGAGUGUGCAAGAAUGGCUACACACAAAUGGCCUGUCUGAAGUGCAAAGUGCUUUUGUGCUUUACAAAGGACAAAAAUUGUUUCUUGGACUACCACACGAAGAAGUGACCUUCAGACCUGGCCUUCUCAAUUAGGAUUUGAAACGUCGAUAUAGUAUUAUUGGUAUUAUAUCUCAAUAUUGUUUGAUGUAGGGGAUGAAAAGUUAUUGUUAUUGUUCCUUAUCUAUACCAAGUUGUUUUUGUUGUUAUUCUUCCACUGUAAAGUACUUUGAAAAAAUUGUUUUGAAAUGUUCUAUGCAAAUAAAGUUUUCAUACCAUAUUAAGUUUUCGGCGUUAAUUUACCACACCGGGCCAAUGUUGUAAACCUGCAACAUCUCAGAAUACAAUACAUGUGAAGCUUUUGCUAAAAAAAAAAGUCUGAAUUGUAUACUACUACCCCAUAUGACAAUUUUCCCCAAAUAUCAGAAUUUUCCUGUUACAAGAACUUAAUUUGAGCCUCAGAGGGUUAAUAUUUCAACUUUAGCUUUAUGUUAAAAUGACAUUAUUUUCCCUCAAAACAUUACAACGUCAUUCAUGUAAAAUUUACUUUUUCAUGUUAGGUUACAAUUUUUUUCUGUUCAUAUUUUGACUUUAUUCUUGGAAAAUUACUGCUGAUUUUUUUCCCCCUUUCUUGUUAAAUGCAAUUUUUAUUAUAUUUUAGAAUGUGCUAUGGGCCAAUAAAAAAAAAUAGCUACGGGCCACACUUUGGACCCCUCCGAUGUUUCCUUAUUGUCACGUUCCUUUCUGUCUUCCUGUUCCUCCUGGCGGAGUGACGAGCCACACCUGAUGCCACCUGCAGUUGACCAGCGUUAUGGUUUCUCAGCAGAAAACCCAGAAUUGCACACCACAGAUUGCAGACCCCUCCCCUAGCGACACACCAGAUGGUUUGAAACAAAUCUUACAAUUCCAUGAGCUUGUAGAUGAUAAAAGUGUUCCAGUUAUGAAUACAGUCCAUAAUAAUAAUAAUAUGCUACCAGAAGGCAUGCAGAGGAUGUUUCACCUUCAAACUAAUGGAUAUGAACUAAGAGGCUAUGCAAAAGCACAGGUAGGAAUUACACUAUGCAACACACUGCAUACAUUUAAAAACCUACUUAAAAACAAUAUUAGGAGUAAAUAUAAAGCUGAAUUAUAAACACCUUUGUGCACAUAAACUGCUUACUGUGUGUAAAAGAUAUAUGUUUAAAUAUUUAAGGUGAAUGGAUGAAAAAGAACAAAAGCUAACAUAAGAAGGGCAGGCAAAACAUGCUUCAGCCAACACAUUUUCUGUCAAAGAAAAUUAUUUUUGUUUGUUUGUGUAUAUAAUACGCAUACGCAACAAAAUGUUUGCCCCCUCCCUGAUUUCUUGUGUUUUUUCAUGUUUGUCACACUUAAAUGUUUCAGAUCAUCAAACAAAUUUAAAUAUUAAUGACAACACAACAGAACACAAAAUGCGGUUUUCAAAUGAAACUUUUUGUCAUUAAGGGAGAAAAAAAAUCCAAAGCUACAUUGUCCUGUGUGAAAAAGUGAUUGCCCCCUAAACCUAAUAAGUGGUUGGCCCCCCUGAGCAGCAACAACUGCAAUCAAGCGUUUGUGAUAACUUGCAAUGAGUCUCUUACAGCGCUGGGGAGGAAUGUUGGCCCACUCAUCUUUGCAGAAUUGUUGUCAUUCAGCCACAUUGGAGGGUUUUCCAGCAUGAAGCACCUUUUUAAGGUCAUGCCACAGCAUCUCAAUAGGAUUCAGGUCAGGACUUGGACUAGGCCACUGCAAAGUCUUCAGCCAUUCAGAGGUGGACUUGCUGGUGUGUUUUGGAUCAUUGUCCUGCUUCAGAUCCCAAGUUGGCUUCAGUUUGAGGUCACCAACAGAUGGCCGGAUGUUCUCCUUCAGGAUUUUUUGGUAGACAGCAGAAUUCAUGGUUCCAUUUAUCACAGCAAGUCUUCCAGGUCCUGAAGCAGCAAAACAGCCCCAGACCAUCACACUACCACCACCAUAUUUUACUGUUGGUAUGAUGUUCUUUUUCUGAAAUACGGUGUUACUUUUACGCCAGAUGUAAUGGGACACACACCUUCCAAAAAAGAGACAAGGACAACAGCAGCAACAACAACAAUUGUGACAACAAGAACAGAACAACAGAAACAUACAGAACUACAUCAGCAAAUAAAUGUCUGUGACAACUAUAAAGACGAACAAGGACAUAAGGACAAAGGACAAAAUAAUAUCAACAACCACGAUGACAAUACUGCAUUGAAACAGUCACACAUAAUAGUAGUCAUGAAAUGAUGAACUAUGAUAGUGAUCACAAUGACAAUACUGCAUUGAAACGGUCACACAUAAUUGUAGUAAUGAAAUGAUUAUCUAUGAUAGUGAACAGAAUGAUAAUCACUGUAAUGCACAUCAUUGUAAAAAAAACUAUAGUCAUACUGCUGAUAUCACCGUCGCUGUAAUAAAACCAACAACAUAAUAACACCCUGGUUAACUCAGUGAGUAAUGUGGGGAAGUACAUAUGUACUGUGAGUGUGCAUAUGUACAGGUAUCUCUGUAUGUGGGGAAGACUUCAUAUAUAUAAAAGUGCAAGAAUGUGUGGGCGUGUAAUUGUCACUGAGAGUGCAUGAAAGGAAAGGGGCCGCCCUCCACCUCCCAGAGAGCCCCGCCCCAAAUAGCCAGGCCGAGCCCCCACCGCCAGAAGGCCACCAGGCCCACAGGGGCAGGCAGCACAAACAUCAGCGCCCCAAGAGCCAGCCCAGAGAGCCCCGGGAAGACCAGCAAGGGGCCGCAGAGAGGUAAUCCCAGCCAAAGACAGGGCGCCGGCGGGCCGGAGGACAGCCAACCCCUGAGACCAGCGAGAGAUCACACCCCAAAAAGGCAGACGAGUACCGGGGGCCACAAACCGGAAGCCCAGAGACACCCCCUCAACCGGAAAGAAGCCCGCCCACGCCGGGAGCGCCAAUCCCCCCCCCACCGCUCCCCAGGGAGCGGAGCCCGGCCCGCCCCGGGCCAACCCCUGCCUGACCCCCGACACAGGGCCGCCCCGCCCAGGGAUGCAGGAGGCACACCCUCCACCCACCCGGCGGAGGCACAGGUGGCAGAGAUGUAUCACCCAGCACCCGACCCCACGGAGCAAACCCCUGUAUGCCCCCCCCCAAAAAAAUAAAUCACUAAAAUAAAUAAAUAAAUAAAAGUACACACCCACGCGCACACACAUACACACUCCUACGCACACACACACACACACGCGCGCGGGCGCACACACACACAGUGGUCGACUGCCCGACACCCGGAAGCCUAGCCCUAUCCCCCGUUGGUAACCCAAGGAGCAGCGGAGCCGGGGUCCCAGACAUACAAUCCAGAACCCAGGCGCGGACCGCCAGGGAGCAGGAAGACACCAGGCGACACCCUCCCAACGGUAGAACGUCGCCAGCAAGGCAGACAGAGGAGUCAGCGAGGAGGAAACCGGGAAAAUGAGCAAGCGGGCGGGAAAACGGGCGAGCAGCCAGGCGAACCACCACACAGCGCCAACCGACACCCGCGGGGCAGCAAACCCCGGAGAGGGAGCGGGAGCACCGCACCCCAAGCCUCAGGGAGGCCAAGCACCAGAGCCGAGAAGGCGAGACCCACAGUAGACCAGCUGGCGGACCCCACCAGCCACCAGAAGCCAGACCAGCCACAUGCCACCAAAGCCGACCCGCACCAAAGCACCACCCGUACACCGGAGCCCCACCCACGACAAGCCCGCAACAGACCGGGGAGGCGAGGACACAGACAGCGGCCCAGCAGAGCACAAAGAGCAGCGGCGGCAAACGCCCAAGCGCUCAGCAGAGCACAACCCCCCCAGCGGGCCCACAGUACCCGCAAGCAUGACCAAGCCCCAACCCACCAGACGGUCCGGCUCCCCAGCAGCCACUGCAGCGCAGCAACCACAAGCCCCAGCGGCGGCACACGGGCCACCCGCAGCACCGGCACCGCCCCCCGGAGACAGCCGAACCUGCCCCAAGAGCGCAGAGGCGCCCGCGGAAUGUGUCAGUCCAGGGGAAGCACCGCAAGUGCAAGUCCCGGCAUCAACAGGCCCCAGAGGGCCACCCCAGUGAAAGGCAGGCGAACCAGACAAAGGCAUCCCACAAGCCAGGCCACCCCGGGCGAGCCACCGCGACGGCCAGGUCCCCGGCCGCACCCCCGACCCUGCCGGGCAGGCGCAGCGGAACAGGCACAAGGCACCCCAAUCCAGCCCGCCCCACCCGUGUAUGUGAUAAGGUGUGAUUAUGUCUAUUAUGCAAUUAAAAAAUAAUAAAUAAAUAAAAUAAAAUAUAAGAGGACAGCUAUGAAGAGCUGGUCUCCCUGAGGGGUGUAUCUGUGUGCGUGUAUAUGAUAGGGGUGUAUGUGGAUGAUAGCUAAUGAUGCAAUUAAAAUCGGGGGACAGCUGCCGCUUGGAGGGCCCCUCACCUGACCAGCCCCCCAAACCCUAAGUGUCUACUGUGUGAUUAAAAUUGGGGGGCAACAGGUCAGUGGUACAGCAGGGGCAAAGGAGCCCCACAAGGCAGCUCCCCUCCCCAACCCGACCGUAGGCCACCCCCCAAAGUCCUACAUGUAUGUGAGGUAGUGCAGUGGAACAGGAAAGACGGGGGCCCCAUACCCCAACGCCGCCCAAACCGAGCAGGGGGGGACCAAGGACACAUGACCGACCGGCCACCCACCACAGCCCAGGCUCGAGCGAGCCACAGACCGCAGGACACACCACAGGCCUUACCUGGCCAGCCAGGAUGCCCAGUCCGGCCCACCCAACCCCCCAGAGGCGAUACCCCCAUCACCCCCCAACACCGGAGCCCCACCGGAGGUAGCGUCCACAGCGCCACCCCCAAACUGCCACACACCACGGACCAGCCACAUGCUGCAAGGCAGAUCCGACCGCCACCAGGACAGCAGGAACCGCGCCCACGCGCCCCCCGCAUACCACCACGAUCGGCAAGGGAGCAACACUAUGGCAACCACAAGAGCACCGGACCCCACAUAGAGCGGAGCACGGUCACACCCAUGAAGCACGCAAGCCAGAGGCGCCAGGGAGGGACAGAGAAGCAAGCACCACACGACAUGGCCUCGGAGCGACCGCCCGCCCGGCGCCCAAGGAGAUGCCCCUGCCCGCCACGCCGCAGACCGUCCACCACUCCACCCCCAUCCACCAACACGCCAAGGGAGAAACCCCGGAGGGAGGGAGACAACCGCCAGCCAGGAAGCAGAGACCAGCCAGACACCAGCAGGUAGCAGGGACCGCCCGCCAGCCCUCCGCCAGCCCCACCCCCAAGCCCCCAACCAAAGCCACCCCCGACUGCCCCACCCCGGAGCAAGCAUCCCCCCGCCGAUCCCGGCCAGCGCCACGCAGAAGAACACCACGCUGCCCGCCCCCAUGCGCACCCACACGCCACCCGCCCGCGGCCCGCCACACCCCCCGCCUACCAAGCCACAGCGGCCCCCCACACCCCCCGCCUACCAAGCCACAGCGGCCCCAUCCCUGACGGGAGAAAGCAAGGAAUCCCCCCACCCCAGCACCACGCAGCCCCCACCCCGAGCCCAAACCGCACAUCUGCGACCCCCACCUCCGCGCCCCCAGUCACCCGGGGGACAGCCACAGGCGCCGGAGGACAACAAGCAGCUCCCACCUGUCAUACAUACACCACACACAUAAAUCAGUAAAAUUAAAUUGAAUUAAAUUAAAUUAAUAAAUUUUAAAAAAGGGGGCAACCCAACCCACCUCCCACCCAGGGGAGGUAGCUCCGCAGGGGCAGCUGGGCUCAAGCACCCACGUCUUCACCAGGGGGAGAGGCCGGCCCCCACACCGGACGACCCCACGCGGAAGCCGAGCAGGAGGGCCCAGGGCAGACCCUGCCCCACCCCCAGAGGCAAAGGAGGCGAGGGAGAGCCAGCGCCACCAGCCGCACACGGGCCCCCCCAGCAGCAGUAGGCGCCCGGCACCCGCAGGAUGCAGCACCUUGCCCACCCACCACCCCGGAGGUCAACCAACGCCGCCCCCUGGACGCCCCCCCCGCCCCCGCCCCAUCACCCAACCCGGACCCCUCCUCACCCCCACCCACCAGCCCCCCCAGGCAGGCAGCCCAGCAAAGAAGACUCAGGACACCAAGCCUGCCCCCGCCAGCCCCCGAGGCACCAGGGCCACCCGGCAACCAGGACCACACCCCAAGCCAGAUGAACGAGACCCCCAGAGGCAGAGACAGACGCCCUCACCCCCCCGAGAGUCAGGUCAGGGAAUUAAUUAUUGGUGCCCAUAUAGACUGAAAUUCUGACAUUUGUUCCUUAAAUUCAGCAGACAUUCUCUCCAUAGCUAUAUGAUCUAACAAAAGAUUUUUGUAAGGAGCUAUGUUCAGUUUCUUCCUUGAGAAUGGUUUUCUUGGCGAUGCUUAAUGCAGUGAUGAGAAGCUGUGUUUGGUUUGUUUCUACAUCAAUUGUGGAGAGAUCGCCCGGCAGGCAUAGUAAAGGGGAGGUAGGAAUGGAGAACCCAAGUGCCAAAGAUAGGUCCUCACACACUCUGUGCCAAAAAUUGUUAAUGGGAGCACAGGUCCACAUGGAGUGUAAGUAGUCAUCUAUUCUAUGGUCUGAGCAGAGUGUGUACAGAUAGUAGAGUCAGUUAAGCCCAUUCUAAACAUUCUAUGUCCUGUGUAGUGUACUCUAUGAAGGAUUUUAAACUGAAUCAGCUGUAGGUUGGGAUUAUUGAUUAACCGGGAAGCAUUGAGACAUAUUUGCUUCCAGAAUUCAGGGUCACAGCUUGUAGAUAAAUCUGAGUUCCAUUUGGAGAUUGGUACUCCGAUUGUGUUGUCAUUUUUUGAAAGUAGAACAUAUAAUUUAGAUAAUUUUUUAGGGGCAGAUAUUUUAAAAAAUUGUUCAAUAGUGGUAUUGCUUUCCCAUGAUAUAGUCCUGAAACUUGCUUUAAUUAUAGAUUUAAUUUGUAUGUAUUCAAGAAAUUUGUUAUGAUUUAUUCCAUACUGUGUAACAAGGUCGUUAAAUGAGAUAAAGUUGUUUCCUAUAAUUAUAUUUUUCAUACAACUUAUUCCUUUUUCGUGCCAUGUUGGGAAAUUUAAUGGUUUCUUUUUAAGCAAGAUGUCAGGAUUAUUCCAGACGGGAGUGUAUUGGCAAGGAGUGAGCGAGAAUUUAGUUAUUUUUAGAAAUUCCCACCAAGCUGUCAGAGUGGUGCUUAUAUUUAUAUUUUUAAAACAAUUGUUUUUCCGGAGGAUUUGGCUAAUGAAGGGCAGGUUACAAAUUGGGAUUUCGUGGCUAAGUGAUUGUUGUAUGUCUAGCCAUAAAUAAUCCAAUGGGUUCGGUUUGAUCCAUUUUAAGAUAUACUGUAACCUGUUUGCAAGGAAGUAGUUGGAGAAGUUUGGGAGUUCUAAGCCCCCAUAUUCUUUAGAUUUUUGUAACGUUUUGAGACUUAUUCGUGCUGGCUUAUUUUUCCAAAGAAAUGUAUUUAUAUAUGAAUCUAAUGACUUCAACCAGAUUAGUAGUAGUAGUACUAGUAGUACUUUAUUAAUCCCACAGCAGGGAAAUUCAUCUGUUACAGCAGCUAGCAAGAUACACAAGUAUGUACACAAGUAAAGAAUGCAUAGUCAUAGACAAUGCAUGCAAUGUAUAGACAUAGUGAAAUACAAAAUGGUUCAGGUGGUUCAGCCUGAUAGCGGUCGGUAUGAAGGACCUGCGGAACCUCUCCUUACACCGUGGGUGUAACAGUCUGCUGCUGAAGGAGCUGCCCAGGGAAACAACAGUGUCAUGUAGCGGGUGAGAGGUGUUGUCCAUGAUGGAUGUCAGCUUAGCCAACAUCCUUCUCUCCCCCACUUCCUCCACGGAGUCCAAAGGACCGUCCAGGACAGAGCUCGCUCUCCUGAUCAGUCUAUUUAUCCUGCUCCUGUCCCUGUCCGUGCUGCCCCCUCUCUAGCAGCCCACAGCGUAGAAGAUGGCUGAGGCCACCACAGAGUCAUAGAAGGUCCGUAAGAGAGUCCUGCACACACCAAAGGACCUCAGUCUCCUCAGCAGGUGGAGGCGACUCUGGCCCUUCUUGUAGAGGGCGUGGGUGUUGACGGACCAGUCCAGUUUGUUGGUAAGGUGAACACCCAGGAAUUUGUAGCUGUCUACCAAUUCUAUGUCCGCUCCCUGGAUGUUCACCGGUGUGAAGUGGGAUGUUUUCCUCUGGAAGUUAAUGAUCAUCUCCUUUGUCUUGCUGGUGUUGAGUUGUAGCUGGUUAAGCUCACUCCAGCUGACAAAGUCCCUGAUGACCGUCCUGUAUUCCAGAUCAUACAGGACGGUCCGAAACACAACCAACGAUGGCUGUGUCAUCGGAGAACUUCUGGAUGUGACACUGUGGGGAGUUGUGUGUGAAGUCCGAGGUGUAGAGGGUGAAGAGGAAAGGGGAGAGCACCGUACCCUGAGGGGCACCUGUGCUGCAGAGUACCAUGUCAGACACACAGUGACGGAGCCUCACAUACUGUGGUCUGUUGGUGAGGUAGUCUAUAAUCCAUGCAGUCAGUUGUUGGUCUACUCCCACACUCUCCAUCUUCACUCUGAGCAGUGACGGCUGGAUGGUGUUAAAGGCACUGGAGAAGUCAAAAAACAUGACCCUCACAGCGCUCCCGCUGUCCUCCAGGUGUAGCAGUGAUCUGUGCAGCAGGUAGAUCACUGCGUCGUCUACUCCGAUCCUAGGCCGGUAAGCAAACUGCAGCGGGUCCAGCUGAGUGCCCACCAGGGGUCGCAGGUGCUGCAGGAUAAUCCUCUCCAUGGUCUUCAUCAGGUGAGAGGUCAAGGCAACAGGGCUGAAGUGGUUAGGCUCCUUGGGACGUGGUUUCUUUGGUAUCGGGACCACACAGGAGGUCUUCCACACGGCCGGGACUUUCUCCAGGCUCAGGCUGAGAUUGAACAAGUGCCUUAACACUCCACAGAGCUGGUCAGCACAGAUGGUAUUAUAGAUGGUUUGGUGGGGAUCAUGGAAAAUAGAUAAUUAACCUUUGGUAAAAUCAUCAUUUUCACGGUGGAUACUCUGCCUGUAAGUGAGAUGGGUAAGGUUCUCCAACGUGCAAGAUCAUCCUCUAUUGACUUCAAUAGUGGAGUAUAAUUCAAGCGGAUCAGGUCUGACAGGUUGGAGGAAAUGUUAAUACCCAAAUACUUAAUGUUCCCUGAACACAGUGGUAUAGAGGGGGUGCUCUAGAAACCAAAGUUAAUGGGCAGUCCUGUGGAUUUAGACCAGUUAAUGGAGUAAUCUGAGAAGGUCAUAUAAUUGUUAAUGAGUGAGAUAGAUUCGUGAAGUGAAGAAUGUGAAUUAUCUAGGAAGAGUAAUACGUCAUCAGCAUAAAGGCUUAUCUUAUGAUGAACAUUUGUGGUGUGGAUCCCUUUAAUAUUUAUAUGUUGUCGAAUUGCAGCUGCAAGAGGUUCGAUAAAGAUAGCAAAUAGUGAGCGAGAGAGUGGACACGCUUGCCUAGUACCUCUUUGUAAAGUAAAUUCUGGAGAGAUGUGAUUGUUGGUCUGAACAGAGGCCUUCGGGGUGUUAUAUAGUAUUUUAAUCCAUGUUCUAAAUGAAUCUCCAAAGCCACAUUUUUGUAGUGUUGCAAAGAGAAAUUCCCAGUUUACUCUGUCAAAUGCUUUUUCAGCAUCUAAUGAGACAAUUGUGGUUUCUAAAUUAUGGAUGAUAGAGUAAUCAAUCAGAUUGAUUAGACGGCGUACGUUGCUAGUUGAGUUUCUCCCCUUAAUAAAUCCUGAUUGAUCAGGGUGUAUUAUAUGAGGGGUAACUUUUUCCAGCCUUUGCAUAUUAUUUUAAGAUCUGCAUUAAUCAGUGAAAUUGGACGAUAACUGGAAGGUAGUGUUGGGUCCUUAUCCGGUUUCAGCAGGAGACUGAUUGUAGCCGAGUUCAUGUUUGGAGGCAAGCAUGAACUGUCUUUGAUUUCCAAAACCAUUCUAAGAAAUAUUGGGGCUAGUAAUGACCAGAAUGUUUUAUAAAACUCGGCAGGGAAACCGUCAGGUCUUGGUGGUUUCUUAUUCGGCAACCGGUGUAGAGCGUUAUGGAGUUCUAUUAAUGAAAUGGGUACAUCUAAGUUUGUCACCUGUUCGUCAUUUAAUUUUGGUAAUUCUAUGGUGUUGAGAAAUGUUUCGAUAUCUGGGAGAGAUGGUUUAAUCUGAGGUGUAUAUAGAUUUUUAUAAACGCACCUAAAGACGGAAUUAAUUUCCACCGGGAGGUGAGUGAUAUGACCUACUGAGUUUCUAAUGGAGGAGAUAGAGCUUUUUUCUUUAUGACUUUUAGUCGGUUAGCUAAGUAUUUUCCGUGUUUAUUGCCAUCCUCAAACUUUUCCAAACGUAGUCUCUGCAGUUGGAACUGAAUUUUCUUGUCAGUAAUUUCUUUUAAGUCUAGUUUCAGUUUUCUUAGGUUACUUAGGAUAUGCUCAUCUUGUGAGUCAGCAUGAGCUGCUUCGAGGAUUUGGAUUUUUUUCUCCAACUCUGAUUCUAGUAUUCUCUCUUUCUUUUUCUUAUAUGUUGAAUAUGAAAUGGUUUUUCCACGCAUUACUGCUUUUGCUGCCUCCCACAGAAUACUAGCCGAGACACCGGGUCGGUCAUUGAAGUCUAAAAACAUUGUCCACUCUCUUUCAAAGUAUUUUAGGAAGUCUGAGUCUUUUAGUAAUGAUGUAUUUAAUCUCCAACAUCUAGUAGGAGCGCUCAUAGUUUGGUGAGUGAGGAAAAGAGAGACUGGGGCGUGGUCACUAAUGGUGAUAGGGUGUAUGUGAAUGUUUGAAAUGUCUGAUAUGAUUGAGUUGCUUGUCAAAAAGUAGUCAAUACGAGAGUAGGUGUGGUGCACUGGUGAGAAAUAAGUAUAUUCCCUGUGAGUAGGGUGAUAAGAGCGCCAAGCAUCACAAAGACCAAAAUCAUUCAUGUAUUUCUUCAGGAUCAAUGUUGAUUGAGACUCACGAUGUCUCCCAGCUGGGCUAGAUCUGUCCACUUCUGGGUUAAAUACUAAGUUGAGGUCCCCUCCCAAGAUCAUACUUGUAUCCAAAUGUGCCGAGAGAGAAGAAAAGAAGGCAUGAAAGAAGGAGGGGUCGUCAACAUUCGGACCAUAUAUGUUGGCAAUGCAGAAAUGUACAUUAUCAACAGAUAUGUUCAUUUAUAUAUAUAUAUCUCCCUUCUGUGUCUGUAAUAGUGUUGUGGAGUGUAAAAUUCACCCUCCUGUUAAUUAAAAUAGCUACCCCUCUCUGUUUGGAGGUGUAACUUGCUAAAUAUGUGUGUGGGAACUGUGGUGAGUGAAGUGUAUGGACAGCUGACUUGGACAUGUGAGUCUCUUGUAAUAAGACAAUGUCUGCUUGGGUGUUCUUCAAAUGAUUACAAAUUUUUUGUCUUUUUUCUAUCGACCCAACUCCCCUGACAUUCCAAGUGACAAACUGCAGUGAGUUCAUCCUAGACUAGCUUUUGGUGAUGUGUGUGUAAACAAGAUCAAAUGUGAAGUAUGUGUACCUGGAAGUAAAAAUCAUGGGAAUAUAUACAGUACAUUUAAAUGUAUGCUUUAUUUGUACAUAGGCAAAGUGUUACAUAGUAAUCCUGAAUGAACUAAGCCAACUAAAGUGAGGAUGUGAUGUGGGUUUAUGCAUAAGUGAGAUGAGCGUGCUUGUGAGUAGUUGUGAUAUCCAUAUCAAUAGUAGAAUAUGAUGUGUAUGUGUAGGAGAAUGCGUGCACGUGUGUGUAUUUGUGUGAGUAGCUUGAAUUUGGUUGGGUUUGGACUUUGAGGGUGUAUGAUGUCACUGUGAAGAGAUGCUGAUGAAGGAGACAGCUGGCAGACAAGAGGAUAUGUGACAA